AAGAGGAUAUACCUGGAUCUAUCUGUUGAUGAUGAUACGAGCCAAAUGGAUGGCGAAAGCAGAGACAGAUGGACAUUGAGUCGGUAGCCUCACGGUCAAAGCCUCAAGCAGCAUACCUGCUGUAAUUGAGCGUGCCACACUGCCACGUGUUGGAACACGUGGCACUCAGAUCUUCAUGAUUCGGGGCGCGAUGAAACCCGUUAUUAUUGCUGUCACGCUGGUCUCCGGGGACAAUACUCGUCUUUCUCCCUCGCAUCUCCCCGACGUCAGGACAUGACGACGCUAACCGAGCCGACCGUACGGCAGAUGACAGACAGCACAUUGUCAUCGAUGGCCAAGGAUAUUCUAGACCGAUCAGUUGGACCGCACAAAACCUCAUCAUCUUCCAAUCAAGUUCCACAAGCAGAAGAUGGGCACGCUGAUGGAUCAAACGACCUUGUCAAGGAUCUAGCUGUGCAUCUGUACGCGCUUCAUGAGCUCGAAACGCAUGUCAGACUUCUUAAAGAAGGACAAGAGAAUGCAGUACGAAACGUCAUCGUUUCAGAGCUUCAAACCACGAGGACCAGCGAGAGAUUGAACAGCGAGAUCUGGUCCAUCCUGGAUCAAAUAGAGCACAGAGUCUUGAGCGGAAGUCAGCUAUCAUCGCCCACCAACGGAUCUGCGGGGGCUGUAGUAGAUAACCAAGAGGACGACGCAUCUGUCGAGCAGGGAGCUUCGAUCCGACUGGACGACCUUCUAUGGAGCCGGUUCCACGUCGACGAGAAAGGUAGCAGCGUAACGGCCCUGGAUCUCCUAUUGCCUCCAUACGGAAGAGGUCUGACGCAAUCUCCGCUUUCACAUCCGCUCGUCAAGAUACUCAUCAACGUAGCGUGGACGUGUCCAAUACAGUCAACUCGCUCUGAACUAGGUCGUAUCCGUCUCGACGAAAGUCACGGACGAGAUGAGCUCGAACGAGGUGUACCGAAGCAAGUAGGGCAGUCGGGUCUGCGCAAAGCGUAUUCCAAGCUCGAAUCUUGCAUCACGCCGAGUCGUCAACAUAAGCUCGGAUUCAUCUCUUUUGGCGUCCUGUACUGCCUCACCCUCGCCUUGUCAACUGCACCCGGUACUUUCAUCGUCCCCUACACUUACAUCAAUCCACAACCUCAGGCAAUGGAGAUAAUCUACAUACUCUGGGCGACAGCUUUUGUCAUUGCAUCCUUGCAAAGUCGAAGCACGAGCCGAAUCCUCCUCACUAUCCCGACGUUCCUUUGCCUGCAUAACCUCUUUUCGCCGCCUAGCGCCUAUUCUUUUCUAUGUCUCUCCAUUCCAACCCUGACGAUAGCCUUAAUCGUUCCUCGUUCUUUACCGUCUCUCGUAUAUCUCUUUCCAGAGACAUUACCAUUGUCCGCCAUUCUCGCGACUUCCCUUGGACGAGCUAUCAGGUCGUUGACUCUGCUCGGUCCUUUGGCUCUCUUCCUCUUCAUCAUCUUGGCCUCGUCGAUGAAUGGAGACUCAGACCUAUGGGUGAUAUUUGGAAACUUCAGCUCGGAUAUGGGUACAACGCUCAGUCAACUGGUCUCGGCUGUCGGUCAUGGUGCCAUGGGCGGAGAACCUCCUGUCGCGCCUUAUGAAGCUCGACAAGCCAUCUUCAUCUCGCUCAGUCUCCUACUGGCUUUUUCUAUUCCACUGGCUAUCGCUCAGUCGUACCCUCCAACAACCAUUUCACUCAAAACGCCUUCGAGCUCACGUGGUGUUGCUUCGACAUCAUCCGAAGUGGUCCAUGACGACCUGGAUCGGAAUUACUCACCAUACAUCGCACUAUCCGCGCGAACUCACUGGGCUCGCAGUGUCAACCACUAUCUGUCACCUCGUCCCAUACUGCCAUUCAACAUCCUCACUCUACCCCUUGAGCUCAUCGCGGCCGGAGUGAUGAUCCGUCCCAUCCCCCUAGAAAAGGCUAAAGCGAUCAGGAGCAAGGUGCUCGCUUGGAACGAGGUUCUCGCGGUAUUAAUUACGGCUCCGUUAUGUUUCUUAUUAGGGUUGUUAGAGCGCUUUACCCGUGUCCGAGGAACCAAGAAUCAUAAGUUGUAAGUGGGUGCAGAUGAAUAUUGUA